UGCGGUUUUACUUUGGUACGAACUGAGGUGAUCUGCUUGUUGGUUAGAGGCGAGCAACAUCCCAUUGUUUCCAGUCUGAAGAGUGGUCAAGAAGUUUGCCAAUUGAGGUACCCAUUUGUACGUAAGUUAUCACUAGUUGACCAUGAAGAUCCACUUUGUUGAGAUCGCUUUCCUUGCUUUGUCAUGUGGGCUAGCAAUGGCUGGAAGUUCCAAGAGCGGAGACGUCUUUCGUCCUGUGAAGAUUCCCUAUUCUGAUCUCUUUGCGAAAGGUGACGACGAUACAUCUGGUGAUAUCUUGUUGGAUGCGCUGAGCCAAGUUGGUAUGGUCUCGGUGACUAACAUGCCAGAAGAUUUCCGCCAAGCCAAGAGGGAUACUCUGGCAUGGACGAAUCCUUGCGGCGAUGUAUCGGCAGCAAUGAAAGAGCACACAUUUGCCGAUGGUACUCGUCGCCGCACCAUGGCCACACAUACCAUCCCCGGAGGUAUUCAGACCAUUGACCAUGGAUCGUCCCCUCGCUGUGACGCCUUUAGCCAGGCCAGCGCCAAGUUUCGUCAAGGGGUUGAUAAGACCACGAGAGCAUUCGCCAGUCGAGUGAGCGGUCUGUUGAAUCAAGAGAUGCCCCUUUUGGAAACUGAACAAGGUUAUCCCUUUCAGACCGUCGCGGAUGUGGUUGAGAAUGGAGAACAUCUCGAGCACUUCCAUUCCUACAACAAGACGAACGCUGACCCGGAAGCUCCGUCCACCGUCGAGUGGCACACGGAUCAAGGUCUCAUGCUGGUGUUCACGCCUGGCAUGAUGACGACCACCGCAAGCGAAGGUGUGCGCUCCAGGAGCAAUCUGUUGGGCGAGACUGAAGGAUUCUUCGUGGAGCUUGCCGAUGGCACGCACGCUGUUGUUGACUUGGGCCCUGAAGACGACCUUGUCAUCAUGCUUGGCGACGGCGUCAACCAGUACGUGAAUGAAAAUGUGAAGGACAACAAGGGGCGCAAGCUUCGUGCUUGUCCUCAUGCUUUGACCGUGCCCGAUCAUGACCCUCAGAACGCGGCUCGUGUUUGGUAUGGUCGCAUGGUGUUGCCUCCUGCGAGUGCCAUUCACCCAGAGCACGGCAAGACUUUUGGACAUCUUCGUCAACUCCUCAUUGACUCCUCCAGCCCGUCGUCUGAAACAAAUGAGGAUUUGUUGGCUUUGGGAUGCUCUUCCUCUUCAUCCUUUACUCAUUCUCGUCAACUGGAAGAAUCCUCGUGCGAAGAAGGAACACUGUAUUGCUGGCAUCGCUGCAUGAGUCUCGAAGUCGCUGGAGUUAGUGAAGAGAUUUGUGCAGAGCAGAACCUCGACCUGUACUGCAUUAAUCCUCGCGGUCAGAAAACUGAUUUUUCCCAUGGCGAUUGGUUCCCCGGUUGCAUCGAUCUAGAGACUGCGCCAAACGCAACUGCGUAUCCCAAACUUCCCGAUUAUCCCCGUGACGAAGAGGAGUGUACUGACGCAGGAUAUGAGAGCUUUGUCGCCUCAUACAAAGACGAGUAUGAUUUUAUGGCAGAUUUGAUGGAGGGCGGCACCCUCAUGUGGUCUGUGGUUGACGACAAGGUCAAGGGAAUGUUCUCUUACAACGGUAUCUUUGGGUUCACAUCCCUCGGCUUCGCCGGGUACCCAGGCGGUAAUGCCAUGCACGGCGCCAUCGUCAUCACGGCCACCCCCAGCGAGAUGUACAGCCCUGUGACAGGGUUCAACUACAGCUAUGAUCCUCUCGUUGCAGACUACAUUAUUCACGACACUGAUAAGGCGUUCCGUUGGUGGCAGACUCCGGUUGCCGGGGGAACUGACGUUUCCGGGGAGCUGACUUCGACCGUUGCCCGUUCCGCAGCCGCGGUCAGCGAUACGGCUUCCUACGGUAUAGUGGAGACUGAUUGCUACACUGCCAUGACAUUUUUCACUGCUGGGAUCUACAACACUACGUUCAACACCACCGGAACUGACAAGCUGAUCUGGGGAGCUAACGGCGAAGAUAUGUUCGCAGGGUACCACGGAAUGUCCCGUGGCGUCAUCGAGGUAGAUUGGAAAGGCGGAACAGUAACUCUGGACGAGAAGAGGGAGGCUCUUAAGGCAGAAACGGCGGCGGGAGAAACUGGCGAGGCAGAUGCUGGUGAGGCAGAAGCUGGUGAGGCAGAAGCAGUCGACCCGAACAGCGAUGCUUCCCAGGGUGAACCGGCCCCAUCUUCAGCAACCACGGCCAGGAAGCUCACUCAGGCUGCCUUGUUGAUUCCUUUGGUUGCAGCCAAUGUCAUUGCUUCCAUCGUUUCCAUGUAACACGUAACUACAUGUUGUCCAUUCAGAAAUAAAAUGUUUCCAGAGGUGCAAUGCACCUUCUUUUCUUCCCGGUGGAGCCAUACGAUGCUAGUACAUGCACUCCCGUUACCCAGCAGAAUAGAAAGCAGCAGACCGAC